GAGAUUUCUGUUUUUAUGUUUUUGAAGUAAGUAAUUAGGCUUUCUGGAAUAUGAUAAAGACUGGAAUAAAAAAGUGUAGAUGGUUUUUAAGAGGGCCUCAUUAACGAGAAUUCUGUGAACCACACACAAGAAAUAAACUCCACCCAGUGCCUAUAUGGAGUCUUUUGUGUCUAAUUGUAACAGACGAUUUGAACUUGAAAGAAUGAUUUUUUUUAAAAGAAACUACUAAAGCUUAAGGAGGACAAAACCAUGAAAGCACAGAAAAGGUGACGGGGUCUGUGUGUGGGGUUACAAGCCAGGAAAACCUUGUAUUGGUAAGACUGCUAACAGAUUGCUGAGGCUCCUAACUUAGGCUUGACUUGGUUGAGCUUCAGGGUGGGUGGGAGUCUAACUCUUUCUAGAAGUUUGAUUUCAUCUAGUUCAUUCUGUGUUGAACUCUCAUAAUAUGUAAUAAAUGUGAGUAAAUUUUUAGUACUAGUAUAUAUAGUAUAGUAGACAUAAAAAUAUGUAGACUAUUUGAGUAAAUACAAAUAUUUAUUGUGUUCAUUCAACUUUGAGAAACUUCCAUAGUUCACCUACGUAGUCAACCUACUCAAGUGUCUAUUUGAUAAAUGUCUAGAAGGGCUUAUCACCUACAGUAUGAGAUUUUCAGGCUCUCCAUAGUCGCCUCUUUCUUCUGCAUAUCAGAGUACAGGUACUAACCCCUUACUGCUGAGUUUGACUAUAAGCAAUGGUUCAGGAAGGUAUCUAGUAGGAGAAACGGUAACUUUCAAACUAGUGUUUAACACAAAACUCCACAAUUUCAUAUAUAUUUGUAUAUAUUUGGUGAAAUAGAAACAAGCCCAAACUGUUACCAAGACAAAUCCCUUUUUCUUUCCAUGAAACCUUACCUUUUUUUUUUUUUUUUUUUGGCUGCUCAGUACUGCUUGUUAUUAUUUUUCAUUUUCAGCAUGUUUCUGAUGAUCAUGCCAGCCUGAUUGCACCUUGACCUGAUUGGAUCCGUGUGGCAUUCCUUUAAGGAGCCUUAGAGCUGACCUUCCUUAUUCUCCGGGCUAUAAUACAUCAUUUCCACCCUCUGUUUUGGGGCAUCUCCUACUGUGGAGAAGCUGGCAGGAAGGAUUACCUACUAACCACUAUGGAAACCAAACGGGUGGGAUAUCCUCUCCUCUUACCUUGGAACAGUCAGUGGUAAUUAUGACAUACCUUGUUUACCACCUGCACUUUUCUGAAACUUUCAAGUAGAGGCUGCUCCAGGAGUGGCAAGCAGACCAGUUUGCUCUUGCCUUAUAAUCUUUUCUGUGAUUCCUACUUUCUUGGGGCGCCUUUCCUCUCACCAGUUUCCCAAGGCUGGCCCUCUAGCCUUCCAUUAAUGCUGUUAUCUCUCCCAUAAAUUUUCUUAUAGAUUAAGGUAGCCGGAGCCUAUUUCUUUUGUUUUUGAUCUAUAGCCCUGACUGAUACAUGAUCUUAACCAUAAUGUGUUCUGAGAUAACAUGUUUAAAUCAUCUGGGUAUCAAUAUUUUAUAAUAUUUUAGGUAUAAUAUUACCUAAUAAUUCUUGGUCCAGAUAGUUUUUAUAUUCAAAACUAGUGUAAAAAUAUAAAUUCAUUUCACUGAUGCACAAACACAAAACCACAUAUAAUUUCACAGAAAGGUCACGUGACCUGCUUCUAAGAAAAGAUUAUAAUCUGAGAUAGGAAAACGCACCUGCUGCAAAAAUUUAAAAAAUGUUUCAUGUAAAUAAGACAGGGCAAAAACAUAGUUAAAAAUUGGGCAAGUGUACAAUGACUACUUGUUUUCUUAAAUAAGAUUGCUCUUUUCUUUCCAAAUAUGGAAUGAAGGGGUUAAUAGAAUUUGGAACAGAUACUUUGAAGCAAAGCAAUUCUCUAUCCUACUAUGGAAAUAAGUAUAAUUCUAUAGGAAUCUGAUUGGUUUCAUCUUCAAUUCCUAUAGAUUGAGUUGAAGGAAUACAAGAUACAGCACAAAAAAGAAUUAUACAAACCAUAUUCAACUCAGUACUGUGAAUUUAUGGAAAAGAGAAGCCAUAAAAUGUGUCCAACUAGUGUUCUCAUUAUUUAAGUUAAAUUGGAUGACUUCAUUUUAAAUAGCAAAAAGUUUAUUAUUACCCAUAUCCAUGUAUUGUUCAAAUUCCUCAUUUAUUGUGACCCUAGAUUUUUGUUUGUUUGUUUGUUUUCUCCCCCCUUGUGGUUUUAGAAGUUACUAGUUGGCAUUAUCAGACUUUUGAUAAAGUGAUGAAUGCCAAAGCUUGAUUGGAAUGGUUGUGAGAAAGGAUUGGAGAAGAAACUUUGAAGAUCAUGAGUAAAGGCAAAUCUAGUAAGAUGCUUCACUAUACAGGGAGAGAGAGAAAGAGGGUGGUUGCUGAAUAAUUUUUUUUUUUUAAGAUGGGAGAAGUAACAUUGUUUGCAUACUGAAUAAAAAGAACUAGUGGAGAGGGGAAAACUGUAGAAAAUAAAAAAAAUGCUAAAAUGAUGCCCUUGAGUAGGCAAGAGGAGUUGAGAUUUAGUAUAAAUUGGAGAUGGUUUUAGACAAAUGCAUAUAGAGUUGACUCACAAUGAUGGAGAACAGGCAGGAUAUACAAGUGCAGAUGUUGUUAAAAGGGUCUAGAUAUUGCAUACCUUAUGAUGGGAGCUUGCAUAUCUUCCAAUUGCUUAUAUUUUCUUACUGAAAUAGGAAGCACAUUGUCAGAGAGACAUAAAGAUGGAGGGGGCAUCAGAUGUUUAAUAGGAGACAAAAGUAUUUAAUAGAAUUUGAGGUAUAUGGAAGAGUGAAUGAAUCAGGGAUGUAGAGUAUAUUUGCCAUUGAAGAUAGAGAUCAUGUAUAUAAAGCAAUGCUGGUCAGUAUGGUUAUGGGAUUUUCUCCAGACACAUUCAACCACACAGGUAAAAGGGCAGAGUAGGUGGAGAGUUGGUUUUACCAAGCACAUGAUUUUCCCAAGUGCGCAUGAUGAAGUGCAAGAGAGUCAUGGUAGUUUGGGGUAUAAAGAUGUGGCUGAAUGUAAUAAACAACCAUGACAUUUAAGCUGGAUAAGAAUGGAAAUGAGGACAUGAGGAGGGAAGGUAUAUUGAAAAGGUGGUUGUACAAUGGAUUGUAGGUGUCAGGGGCCAAGCUGAGCUGGAGAGAGCUGUGCUCUGCUACCUACCAUGCGUCAGAAUAGCUGAUUAUGACAAUAAUCCACAAUGAAAUAACGCUCAAACAUUUAAUCACUCACUGUGAUAGUAUAAGCAAGAGGCUAAACCAGAGAAAGUUCUGACCACUCUCUCUACCACUUCCCACUGCCACCCCACCCAUGCACUGCCUCUGUCCAUUUCACCCAUGAAACAGUACUGAAUAUCUGAGGGUCAGGUGAAUCAAUACACGUGGGGAAUUGCUUGACUGCUGAGGGAGUCUUGAACAAAAGCCUCCUUUAGUUUUAUGUACUAGGGCCCCAGGGAAAAUGGUGAAAAGGAAGGGGUAGGAGUAAAAAAUUAUUGAGCUAGAGUGGAGAAAAGUGUCUUCAAGGUUCCCCUUCAGCUCCUCCAAAUGAUAAUUUCUUAGCAGAGGUUCCUGAAGGCCUUCUUGCUGAGCUAAGAACACGGAUGUGCAUAAGUGCAUGGCCAGCCCAGGGGGCCUGAGUCUGUGACUGCAACUCCUUUCAGCAAUGCACUGGCUGCACCCCAAGUCUGGUAUGAGGAUGGUAGUUCAGGUCUGCCAGGAAAAGUCCUUGUAACUGCCUGGGGUUAGGCCUGAAAGAUCACAGUAGGUUUUUAGUCAAAACUCAGAUUCCUCAGUAGAUCCUGAUGCGGCUUAAAGACUGUUGGACACAGAAUGGGAGUUAGAAAAAUUAGGAAAUGAGAUGCUUAUGAUUGAGAUCUGGAGAAAGUUCAGAUAUUGGUAGUGACAAGAUCUAGGGUCUGGUAAUGAAAAUGAGUAGUCCUAAUAAAGUGGAGACGAUCAUUUAAGACAAAAGGCAAGAUCAUAUCUGUGGAAACUGAAAUCUCAAAUAGUUAUGACAAGAAUAACACUGGAAGGAGAAAUGGUGACCUAUCCUUUCAGUGCUAAGAUUUAAAAAUUAAUCUCAUAUGUCUUUUUUUCUAUGAGAAAUAGCUUAUGAAAAGUCUGUUGAUUUCAAAUCAAUAAAAAUGAUAUUUCAGAAAAAAAUUGUUUAUAAGUUGCAAGAUCUGUAACUGAAUUGUUUUCUCUUACUGGUAAGGGCAUGUUCAUGCUAACAGUAGCCAUAUAGCUGUGGUUACUUAUCUUAAUUAAAGCCAAGAUUUAUCUUAGCUUGAGUGUUUUAUAAGCAGAUUAGAAUUUUAAAAUUUUCACAGCCAGUCUUCAUGCACCAUACUCUUUCUAAAUUCAAGCAUGUUUCAUAUUAUAAGAAGCUAACCUUAAAUUAUAGCCCUUUAUUUUGUUAAAUAUUCAGUAUUCUAGGAAUUUGAAAUUCUCAAAUGUAGUCUUAAAAAUUCUGAGCUUAUCUGAUAAGGAUUUUAUUAUUACUGUUAUUUGCAUAUGAAUGCAGGAACAAAAAGUGAUUUAAGUAAGUCAUGGCCUAGAAAGGAAUUUGUAAUGUUUUUGCCCUAUUUAAGAACUUUUACCCAUGCCUCAUGAUCUAGGAUUUCUAGUUGAUCCAGCUUGGAGAUCUGAAUAACUCAUGAUAUUGGGAAAUUUUCAUGGCUGCAUUUUCUUCAGUUCCUUGCUCAUAACUCACCUUUGUCUCCGAUUUUUCUUGUAGGUUUCCAGUGUAUGCUUUGGCCAUAUAAAGUAAUAAAGCAAAUAAGUUCCUAUCAUUUAAUAAUACAGAAAAGUCCACUAAGAAUACAUUGUCCAAAUCUUGUUUGAUUGAGAUUGAUUGACAGUUUUAUAUAAUUGGAGGACAUUUUUAAGAGAAAUCAACAGAACAUUAUCACAUGGUUAAAGCUUACUGCCAGAAACAAUAAACUUGGCUUACCUAUUUUGUUAGAGUAUUAUUUUGAUUUAUUCACUCAUGUAUAUAAUUCACUUUCACAGUUGAUCCCAGACUCUGUUUUUAUUAAUGGCAACUCAGAGAAUUUAGGUAGCUUUUCUGGGAGCAAGGCUGAUGGCACUGGUGUGGGUUGGGGAAAGCCUAACAGUAUUAAAAGGGAAAAUGAUAUAGAGGUUGUGCGUCCCAUAUUCAGUUACAGAAGUGUUUUCACCAAAACCAUAUAAUUUAAAUGUCUCCUUUUCCUGGAAAAUACGAAGCAUUGUACAACAGAUAAUUUUAAUAACAACAUAAUUUAGGCUGCUUAUGAUUGACAUCAACAUCACAUGCAUACAAUAUGAUUGCAAGGAUUUAAAAAAAUGCAUCAUUGGGAUAAUAAACUACAGCUGACACACUUUUAAACUAAAGCAGGUGAAAGCUUGCCAGCUCCCUUACUGUGUUCCACUCUCUCUGACUUACCGUUCUAAGAAUAAACGCAUACAGUGGAGUGUGCGGGGCUGCACACUGUGGUUUUAUCUACUUCCUUGCUAGAGGAAAGCACUGUUACAAAAACAAGUAAAACAUGCAAAGGGAAGUAAUUUAAUAAGUAAUUUUACAAUAAAAGAAUGGAACUAUGAACCUGUUUUUCUUGGACAGCCUUGGUGUUAUCCAAUUUGCCCUCUUACUAAGCCUCUCUACUGGCUGACUCUACAGGACGUGGUGAAUUAGGAUCAGAAGUCGAUGGCUGUGUAGUGCCUGGUUUUGAAAGAACAAUCAACUGAGCUUCAGCAGCCAUUGAAAUCUGGAAGAACGCAUGAAAAAAGUCUCAGAGCCUUGAAACCAGCAAAACAAUAAUCGAAGAACAAUUCUGUCAAGGGAAACACCAUAAAUCAGGUACAGAAUUUCAGAGUGGGAUAUCAGAUCUUUAGUGUGAAGAUACAUCUACAUUAAACCAGAAAUCACUGGAAGUGACAUUUGGACAAGAAAAUUUGGAAAAUUUUAAAACUGUGAAGGUUGAUCAUGGAAAUUAAAGAGGAAGGGGCGUCAGAAGAAGGGCAGCACUUUCUUCCUGCAGCCCAGGCCAGUGACCCCGGGGACUGUCAGUUCACAAGUAUCCAGAAGACUCCAAAUGAACCACAGUUGGAAUUCAUCCUUGCAUGCAAGGAUCUUGUGGCUCCUGUCCGUGAUCGUAAACUGAAUACACUGGUGCAGAUCUCCGUAAUCCACCCCGUGGAGCAGAGUCUGACAAGAUACUCCAGCACGGAAAUUGUGGAGGGAACAAGAGACCCACUGUUUUUGACUGGUGUCACAUUCCCAUCUGAGUAUCCCAUCUAUGAAGAGACUAAAAUAAAACUAACAGUCUAUGAUGUCAAGGAUAAGUCUCAUGACACCGUUCGAACCAGUGUCCUACCAGAACAUAAGGAUCCCCCGCCAGAAGUUGGGCGAAGUUUCUUGGGCUAUGCCAGUUUUAAAGUGGGAGAGCUACUGAAGUCAAAGGAGCAGUUGCUGGCUCUGAGCCUGAGAACUUCAGAUGGUGGCAAAGUGGUUGGCACCAUAGAAGUCAGUGUCGUGAAGAUGGGGGAGAUUGAGGAUGGGGAAGCUGACCACAUCACCACAGAUGUGCAGGGACAAAAGUGUGCCCUGGUAUGUGAAUGUACAGUCCCAGAAAGUGUGAGCGGAAAAGAUAACUUACCUUUUUUGAAUUCAGUGUUAAAGAACCCAGUAUGUAAAUUAUAUAGAUUUCCCACAUCUGACAAUAAGUGGAUGCGAAUUCGAGAGCAAAUGUCAGAGAGCAUUCUUUCCUUUCAUAUUCCUAAGGAAUUGAUUUCCCUUCACAUUAAAGAAGAUUUGUGCAGAAACCAGGAGAUAAAAGAACUUGGUGAGCUUUCUCCACAUUGGGACAAUCUGCGAAAAAAUGUCCUUACUCACUGUGACCAAAUGGUGAAUAUGUACCAAGACAUUCUGACAGAACUGAGCAAGGAAACAGGGUCCUCUUUCAAAUCAAGCAGCAGCAAAGGAGAGAAAACAUUAGAAUUUGUUCCAGUAAAUCUACAUCUGCAAAGAAUGCAGGUACACAGCCCUCACUUGAAAGAUGCUCUCUAUGAUGUCAUCACUGUGGGAGCUCCAGCUGCCCAUUUUCAGGGAUUUAAGAAUGGUGGUCUUCGGAAACUACUCCAUAGAUUUGAAACAGAAAGAAGAAAUACCGGAUACCAGUUUAUUUACUAUUCACCUGAAAACACAGCCAAAGCAAAAGAAGUGCUCAGCAACAUCAAUCAACUACAACCUCUUGUAGCAACCCAUGCAGACCUACUGCUUAAUUCUGCAAGCCAGCAUUCUCCAGACAGCCUGAAGAAUUCUUUAAAGAUGCUUUCAGAAAAAACAGAGCUUUUUGUACAUGCCUUCAAGGAUCAACUUGUCAGGAGUGCUCUUUUAGCACUCUACACUGCAAGGCCAGGAGGCGUUCUUAAGAAACCCCCAUCUCCUAAGAGCAGCACAGAGGAGAGCAGUCCCCAAGAGCAACCCCCACUGAUGAGACGGCAGGACUCCAUACCACAUCAUUCAGACUACGAUGAGGAAGAGUGGGACAGGGUGUGGGCCAACGUAGGGAAGAGCCUGAACUGCAUUAUUGCUAUGGUGGAUAAACUGAUUGAAAGAGAUGGCGGCAGUGAAGGCAGUGGCAGCAACAAUGAUGGAGAAAAGGAACCUUCGUUAGCAGACUCCAUCCCCUCUCACCCAAGAGAGGACUGGUAUGAACAGUUGUAUCCCCUCAUCCUUACCCUGAAGGACUGCAUGGGAGAAGUGGUGAACCGAGCCAAGCAGUCCCUGACGUUUGUGCUCCUUCAGGAACUUGCGUACAGCUUGCCCCAGUGUCUGAUGCUGACGCUAAGAAGAGACAUCGUCUUCAGUCAAGCACUUGCUGGAUUGGUUUGUGGUUUUAUCAUCAAAUUACAGACAAGUCUGUAUGACCCAGGCUUCCUACAGCAGCUUCACACAGUGGGGUUGAUAGUACAGUAUGAAGGGCUACUAAGUACAUACAGUGAUGAAAUUGGAAUGCUAGAGGACAUGGCUGUUGGCAUUUCUGAUUUAAAGAAAGUCGCAUUUAAAAUAAUUGAAGCCAAAUCCAAUGAUGUAUUGCCAGUUAUAACAGGAAGACGAGAACAUUACGUGGUAGAGGUCAAGCUUCCAGCCAGAAUGUUUGAGUCGCUACCUCUACAGAUUAAAGAAGGACAGUUGCUUCAUGUGUAUCCAGUACUUUUCAACGUUGGAAUCAAUGAACAGCAGACUCUGGCUGAGAGGUUUGGGGAUGUCUCUUUGCAAGAAAGUAUUAAUCAGGAAAACUUUGAACUUCUACAAGAAUAUUACAAGAUAUUUAUGGAAAAGAUGCCUCCUGAUUAUAUUUCACAUUUUCAGGAACAAAAUGAUUUAAAAGCAUUACUAGAAAAUCUCCAUCAAAAUAUCCAAUCCAAAAAAAGAAAGAAUGUAGAAAUUAUGUGGCUGGCUGCAACGAUUUGCCGCAAACUAAAUGGUAUUCGUUUCACCUGUUGUAAAAGCGCCAAAGACAGGACAUCAAUGUCAGUGACACUUGAACAAUGCUCAAUCUUGAGAGAUGAGCACCAGUUACACAAGGACUUCUUUAUCCGAGCACUGGAUUGCAUGAGAAGCAGACAAACCCAGGGAGCACUGAAUGAAUCCGAUGAUCCUGAAACAGGCUGUCUAACUGAUAACAAGCCAACUUCUCGACACUUCUAUCCUGUCGCCUUGCUGCUUGUCAGCUCACACCUGCUAGUUGUGUGGCUUAUUUUAAGUCUGGCAUUGCUCUUAGCCAAAUACCAAUAAGUUUUAUGUUGUAUUCCUUUUUCUUUUCUACAAAUGACAAUGAACUUUAAAUCAUGGGGACAAUGAUGUAAUAUUUUUACAUUUUCAAAUUCACAGAAUUUAAAAAAAAUGUUUAAUUUGUGUUUUUGUUUGUUUUUCCUAAAAUCUGAAAAACAGAGUACUAUGCAUUAAGUGGAUUAUUUUGCUCUUUUGUUCGUGGAAAAGUGUUUCCCACUGUUAACUAGCUCAAGAAGAAUUUUUAAAUUACUGUCUUGGGAAUAAGACAAAGAACAGAAUCCUGAAAGCUUGAAGUUCUGAACCUCCUGUCCUCAUCCCAUUAAAUUUAUUAAAGAAAUUAAGACUGAAUUUGCACAAACACUGAAACCCUGAGACAAGUUCUAGAGAUGUGGGAGGUUGCAGACUUUAUUUCCACUGUGCUAAUAUCAUAGAUGCCAUCUGCUGAUAGAAAUUUUUUUUUAACCUGUUUUACUUCUUCGCUGCAAUUAACUCUUUUCUGUCAAGUAACUUUAUGGAGAGAAUGGCUAUUUAUGUUUUGUAAUUAAAUUACCUGUUUGUAUCUCUUGUUUGGGUUGAUUUGGCUUUCAGAGGACUUUUCUAUUCUUUUUAACAAGGUCUUGUUUGUGUCUUGAUGUACCAUUCCCAGCACUUGUGACUUUUGUACUGUCCGUGGACAAGCACUCUUCCUUUAUAAAGCUGAGACUUGGCCCAGGCUGUUCAGAAAGCCAUUUUCUCUCUUCCUUGCACAGCUAAAAUAAUAAAAUUAAAAUAGAGAUGAAAUUUUUCUUUAAAAAUCUAUAGGGCCAGACUUAAUAAAUUAAAUGCCUUAUUUCUAGAACCUGCAUCCUUAGGGCUACAUAUAGAUUUUAAUGUGUUUUAAAGAGACUGAGAAAUUAAUUUGUGAAAAUGUUAUAAAAUGGCAGAUAUAUUUAUGAAACUAAAGUGGAGCUGUAUUGUGGAGCAAAUUAUAUUUAAAGAGUUUAUUAAAUUUUAAAUGUCUGUUAAGAGUAAAGAGACUUAAGUCAUCUCUUUCAGAGGGCAAUAAUGGUAUUGGGCCUGGCCUAGGAUUUAAUUUUGUAAGAUGUAUCAUCACUUGUGGAAAAAAAAAAAAAAUGUAGAGUUGAAUCUUUGUUAUUUUUACUUGGACUGUUGCUGCAACUCUGCAUUAAACAAAUAAAGCAUAUUUAUUUA